GCUCCAGCUCCAUUCAAGCUCUCAAGCAACAACAGCCUCCAGUAGUAAGCUGGCAAUUCUUCUCCUCCCAUUCAACAUAUCUAUACUUGAAGCCUAACUAGCUAUUACCCUAGCCAGCUUGGUAGAACCAUCUCAUUGCUCUCCUCGUCAACUCGAUCGUCUCAAAUUCAAAGCUAACUAAGGUCUUGCAAUGGGUGGCCUCUCUGCUCAGCACCCAUGGGCCUUUACCUUCGGCCUCCUAGGCAACGUCAUCUCCUUCAUGACCUACCUGGCCCCACUGCCGACGUUCUACCGGAUCUACAAAAACAAGUCGACGCAGGGAUUCCAGUCGGUGCCUUACGUGGUGGCGCUCUUCAGCGCCAUGCUCUGGAUCUACUACGCGCUGCUCAAGUCCGACGAGUACCUCCUCAUCACCAUCAACACCGCCGGCUGCGUCAUCGAGACCAUCUACAUCGUCCUCUACCUGGCCUACGCGCCCAAGCAGGCCAGGCUCUUCACCGCCAAGAUCCUCCUCCUCCUCAACGUCGGCGUCUUCGGCCUCAUCCUCCUCCUCACCCUGCUUCUCACGGCCGGCGAGAGGCGCGUCGUCAUGCUCGGAUGGGUCUGCGUAGGCUUCUCCGUCUGCGUCUUCGUCGCGCCCCUCAGCGUCAUCCGUCUUGUGGUGCGCACCCGGAGCGUGGAGUUCAUGCCCUUCUCCCUCUCCCUCUCCCUCACCGCCAGCGCCGUCGUCUGGUUCCUCUACGGCCUCCUCAUCAAGGACAAAUAUGUCGCCCUGCCCAACAUUUUAGGGUUCGCUUUCGGGGUGAUCCAGAUGGGGCUCUACGCACUCUACCGCAACGCCACGCCCAUACCGGCGCCCAAGGAGAUGGACGCCCCCGAAUCUGAAGAUGGUGCCGUCAAGGCGCCCGAGCACGUCGUCAACAUCGCUAAGCUCGGCACGGCGGCGGCAGCCAUCGAGCUCAACACAAACCACCCCGUCGAGCCGCCGCCGCCCAUGAAGGAGGGGACGGCCAAGGCAUGUGCCACCGGCGAGAAGCUUGACAAGGCAACCCAUGUCGAGCAAGUCUAGGCAUGCAUGCGUUCAUGACACGGAUGUAUAUAUGUCGUGCAUCCAAAUAAGCCAUGACGGGGAUCGAGCAAACAACCGGUAGAGAAUGCAUGCAUGCAUGGCGUGCCUUGUAAAUUGUACUAAUUUGUACCGGCGAUGCUCCAUUCGAAUUCAAGUAUCCAUUCGUAGUAGCUCGUUGCGAAGGGUUCUUAUUUUAUUCUGAUCGUAUCAUUAGUGUAUCCAUCGAUCACUUAGAUGUAACGGUCUUAUUAUAAGGAACCGCCGGCAGGGUGAGCGCGGCUGGAUGUAAAUUAUAGUACCAAAUAUUUUUCUAUAAAGUACUGUUUUUCUUGAA